CUCAUCCUCCAGGAGAGUGAAGUAAGGAGGUGGUGGAGCACUGUGUAAACAGAGGCAGUGGAGAUGAGCACAUCAGAGCUGGAGUCAGAACAGAGCGCAGCUGCCUUAACAUGCCUCCCCUGACACAGCACAGCUACCUCUGCACUCAAAUGAAGGACCAGGACUGAAUGAGAGGAGAGCCACGCUGCAUGCUGAGAGGGAGAGAGAGUGAGCAUGGAUUACCCCAUCAGCGACCCCCUGUCCCAUGGAGACAGCAAACAUCUGCUCCUUAUACAUGGUGCCACCCUGCUGAUUGAUCUGAAACGCAUCUGAAAUGCAUGUUUGCCGUCUUCAAAGGAUUCAACGGGUGUAGCGAUCGAUUGUGCGUUCUCUCUGUUUCAGGUUUGGAGCCGAAGCUGAGAAUGGCAGGAGAUUCUCGUGUCCACAUGGACCACGACAUGGAGAUAGGAGUGACGCCAAGAGAGCAGGUUAAGAAACUCCCCAAACACCUGAGGGAAUCACAAAUCCCUACAGAUCGCACUCACCUCAUCUCCGACCCUGUUAAGAAACCCCGGCAGCGCUACGUACAGAAAGAUGGCAAGUGCAACGUUCAUCACGGCAAUGUUCAAGAGACAUAUCGUUAUCUUAGUGACCUCUUCACAACACUGGUUGACUUGCGUUGGCGCUUAAGUUUCUUUAUUUUCACACUGGUUUACGUUGUCAACUGGCUCUUCUUUGGCUUCUUAUGGUGGCUUAUCGCACUUAUACGAGGAGAUCUUCUACAUGGUGAUGAGGAGGGCUGGACCCCUUGUGUGGAAAACCUAAACAGCUUCGUUUCAGCUUUUCUGUUCUCCAUUGAAACAGAAACAACCAUUGGCUACGGCUACCGGGUCAUCACAGAGAAGUGUCCAGAAGGGAUCAUUCUUCUACUGGUGCAGGCCAUUUUAGGAUCCAUUGUAAAUGCCAUGAUGGUGGGCUGCAUGUUCGUAAAGAUCUCACAGCCCAAGAACCGGGCUGAGACACUUAUGUUCUCCCACAAGGCUGUGAUCUCGGUGAGGGACAACAAGAUGUGCCUGAUGUUCAGAGUGGGUGAUCUGCGGAAUUCACACAUUGUGGAAGCGUCAAUUCGCGCCAAACUCAUUCGUUCACAGCAGACCAAGGAGGGUGAGUUCAUUCCACUCAACCAGACGGACAUCAAUAUUGGCUUUGACACAGGAGAUGAUCGCCUCUUCUUGGUAUCACCCCUCAUUAUUUCACAUGAGAUCAACGAAAAGAGUCCUUUCUGGGAGAUGUCGCGGGCACAGAUGGAGAAGGAGGAGUUUGAGAUAGUAGUCAUAUUGGAGGGCAUGGUCGAAGCUACAGGCAUGACCUGUCAGGCGCGCAGCUCCUACCUGGACUCGGAAGUGCUGUGGGGCUACCGCUUCACCCCGGUGCUUUCUUUGGAAAAGGGCUUCUACGAAGUCGACUACAACAACUUUCACGACAUAUAUGAGACCAACACUCCCACCUGCAGUGCAAAAGAACUAGCUGCUAGACUAAAAGAGAGCCCACUCCUCCCACACCUCCCUCUCCUUAGCCCUGACCUCAGACAGCACACGCCUGACCCCUUCUCCAACCGAGACACCCCAACCACACUGAAGGAGAGGGAGAAGGAGGGAGAGACAAACAAUGGCUCUGCCAACCGUUUGGAGGAGAAUCCCUAGCGGGAAGGCCUACUCUAAACAGACUCAAGGACUGUGUAGUGAUUGGCAAGCUUCUUUCCCCUUGCAUGGAGAGAUUUUCUUGCAUUAGCCAUGCAAUACCCCUGGUUACUCUAGAGCCAAGCUGAUGUGUAGACUGAGGUUAGACGCACAAAGAAAUGAGAAUCCAUAUAUUUAUAAUGCAUUUGUUAUUUACGCCUCUACACACUCAUGAAAAGUACAUGCAUACUGUAUAAUCUAUUUUAGCUUUUUAAACUCUGUCUUGCAAAUAUUUAUGCUAUCAAUCAAUGUCCUGUACCUCAAGGACAUACGAGUAGCCAAAUGCACUUCAAUCCCCCAGCAAAUGAAUGACCCAGAGGGCUUCUGUGAGGUCACACCCCUUAAUCCAACCAUUGCAAAUCAGCUUCAAUAGAAUUCCAAUGCAAAGACUCUUAGGAGAAAUAUGGAACCAAUAUCAAAGUUGCGCCAAUGCUUGUGUGUUUAACCAUGAUGAUGGCCACAGUUAUGGACUACAGUGUUUGUUUCUUCAAGCUCUUUAAGCUAAAUUCUAUUGUAUGCUUUUGUUCUGUAUUAUAAUUAUGAUAUUAAUUUCCCCUAACUCAUAAUGAGGUUCAUUACUGCAUGAGUUAUGACUUUCAAAAUUAGAGCCAGGAUGACAAUUAUAUUUAAUGCACCAGAUACAAGCACAAUCACUGCAGUGACAGACGUGCAGUAUGCAAACCUGCAGUAAAUAGUAAAACACUGGUGACAAAUGAAAGUCAUUUGAUCUGGUUUUAGACAUUUUGCACAUCUAUUGUCUCUCUAAAAAAAUAAAUAAAAUACAGUAACACUUUACAUGAAUAUUCUGUUUGUUAAAGGUUUAUGAAGGGGUUCAUUGAUGACCAAUAAAUCAUUUAUAAAUGCCUAUAAAUCAUUGAUAUGUGGUUAUAACAAUAUGAAUAAAAAGCGUGACUGUCAUGCAAUACUUGCCAAAUAGUAAGCCAUUUUACCUUCCAUGUUCUAAAUUCUUAAUAACACUUAUUCAGCAGUAGUAACCUAUGAAAAUGUACCUUAUUGUGAAGUGGACACAUAUGGAAAAUGUAUUGAGGAGUUGCCAACAUUAGAAACCAUGUGCAUAAAGUUCAGUAUGGUUUAAUGGUCAACAGGAUUUAUUAUAUAAUAUAUCGCGCGAAUGAGCAUGAAGACCUGAAAAGUGUUUUUGCGGAUGACUCUAGGUAACUAUGACAAAGUAAGCUGGGACACAACUCAGAGAAGCACAAUUCUUUUCACAUCAAUGUGACAAGGAAAGUGACAACACAUGAAAUAAGACAUUUCAGUAAUUAAUAUUAAGACAAAUCGGACUGUAGCAAAAUGGCAUCAUUGCUCCCUUUAA